AAAAAUCGCCUAACCUUGCAGAGUCAUACGAGAGAAGCCAUCAAAGACACUUGAUGGUGAGAAUUGCGACAGGGCGGAAAGAAGCAAAGAGUUUACGGCCCGUCAUGCCACCUCACAUGGACUUCUACCACGAGUCCCGCGUCCCCUCCGCUUGCGGGCUGACCCGGGAGGACGAGCUGGAGCCGGGUGUCAUCAGUUGCAUGCUGGUGGGCGACGGCGCGGUGGGCAAGACCAGUAUGAUAGUCAGCUACACCUCCAAUGGAUACCCGGUGGACUACAAGCAGACCGGUUUUGACGUUUUCUCAGGUCAGGUCCAAGUGGAUGGAUCCCCAGUCAGAGUUCAAUUGGUGGAUACUGCAGGACAGGAGGAGUUUGAUGAGUUCCGAUCGCUGUCCUACUCACACACGGACGUCUUCCUGCUGUGCUUCAGCAUGGUCAACCCCGCCUCUUUCCACAACAUCACCAAAAAGUGGGUGCCCGGGAUCCGCGCCUGCAACCCAACCGCGCCCAUCGUCCUGGUAGGCACGCAGUCGGACCUCCUACUGGACGUCAACGUUCUCAUCGGCUUGGACCGCGCCAGCGUCAAGCCCGUGGCCAGCUCGCGCGCUCGAGGCAUGGCGGAGAAGAUCCGGGCGGCGGAUUACGUGGAGUGCUCCUCGCUCACCCAGAAGAACCUCAAAGAAGCGUUUGACGCCGCCAUUUUUGCCGCCAUUAAGAACAAAGCACGGCAGGCCAAGAAACGGCGCUCGUCGGACAGGCGCAGCAAAGCCUUCUCCAGGUGCAGCUGGAAGAAGUUCUUUUGCUUCAUCUGAGCCGGUCGGAACUUUAAACGCAAGUUUUUCAUUUAUGUGAAGUGACAUUCAGCGAAUGGCAUCAGGAGGUUUUGGAGCCAAGGACUGUCGUUUCGUUCGCGACCACCCUAGCUCAGAAUACCCAAGUCUGGAUUCAGGUGGACUAACACAAUACAGGAGGUCUUUGGUUAUUUUAUUCAACAUGCAAACGAGACCAAUUUGCAUGUUCCUGCGUGUGUCGUAUCAGCACACGUUAGCUUGGGCUGCAAGAUGGCGCAUUCUUAGCUGAGUGCUAAAAGGACGCUGCCCAGACUGGUUUUUUGGUGCCUAAAUGAUGUGACGUGACUUUUUGCAAUGUUGCGUGAAGGAACGCAUGUUACUGUUUCGCCUUGACAUAGUUUUAAGUUUGGAAGAGCAAGAAACAGAUAAGAGUCAGCUUCGACCUUUGGCCCUCUCGAUGACUAUCAGUGGAGAUUCUUAACAUCUUGGUAUGCAAUGAAUUUUCUCUAAACUCUACUUUGCAAGAUUUUUUUUUUUUUUUCUGGGUUGGCGAGCCAUAUUUUGCACUCCAGUCUAAUCAUAACCAAACACAUUGUAUUAUGCUUCCUGCGGAAGUGAUGUGAAUGAAUUCUGUUUGUUCAAACAACUGUCAAUGCCAUCUUUUUUCUUUUUUUUGUAUCACUUAUGUGCUAGCGUGUCUCACUCUCCUCCAACCCUGGCGUCUUUUUAUUUACACGUCAGAGCGACGUGACACAAAUAAAUGAAGCGCAAAUUACA